AACAUUCUGGACGAUCAUGUUUUCUCGAAUUGUCAGGAUAUCGAAAUCGCCUUCUUCCAGAUUGGUGGUGAAGGGUGUCCGUAAUCUUAGUUCAAAGUCAAAUAAAAAAGUUUCUCCUGUCCAAAAAAAUACGUCAAAUGCUCAAAAGGUAAGUAUUGGUUUUGAACUUCCAGCUUUGUGAAUUUGACUAAUCUUGUUUAGAAUGUAGGUGGAAGUAG